UCAGUACUAACCUUUUUUGUUUCAGGAGCUGCGUGUAGCUGUUGUCGAAGAAGUUGUGAAGAUGCCGUCGAGAAGCAGGAAGAUUCCCAAGCGUUUCCUCACAGAUGAUGAGACCCUCUGGAAGACGAGAGCGAUCCGGGCGCAGAAGAGAUUGAAGCUCCUGGAAAAGAAGCAAGAAGAGAAUCAGAAGAAGCAGGAGACGGUAUUACAGCAGAAGGCAGCGGUAAACCCCCCAGAGAGAGCGAGAGGACUGGAUGGUAAUAAGAGGGACAAGGCGGGUAAAGUAAUCAGCGGAACAAGGGACAAAGAGGGCGAGGUGAGCACGGCAGCGCCGCAAGGAAUGGUGGUGGAGGCAGACAAGGAGGGACAAGACGGACAUCACACGCAGCAGAAGAAACACGGAAGAGCACUAAGGAUAUGGGUGGUAGGGCAUUCAUACGUGUACUGGGCGCAAGUUAGGGCUGCGACAUUGGCAAAAGGGACACAUUUGGGAUUUAGAUACACCGAAGCCAGUGUUAGGUGGAUAGGAAAGAGAGGAAUGAGGUGGGAAGAGUUGGUAAGCACCAUACAGCAGGCAAGGCAGAGAUGGGGGCGCCCGGACGUAAUGAUAAUACAUUUAGGAGGGAAUGAUAUUGGAGCAUACCCUCUGAGGGAACUGGAAGAAAGUAUAAAAAGCGUAAUGGGGUGGUUGGCGAUAACAUGGCAAGGAGUAAAGAUAGUAUGGUCAAACAUAAUAUCAAGGUUGGUUUGGAGGAACACUGACACGCAGAGAGCGGGCUACAGAGCAAGGAGGAAGAUUAAUUUGGUAGUGGCAAAAGCAGUCAGGGGGAUAGGUGGAUCGGUGCUGGAGCACCCAUUGUUGGCGGCAAAAAGGGAAGAGAUAUUCAGGCACGACGGAGUUCACCUGAACGAGGCCGGUAAUGACCAGUUUUUGGAGGACAUCAGGAGAAUGUUGGAGGAAAUGAUCAAGAUGCAAGAGAGCAGUAAAGACAACUACGCGGAGAGGUCACAACCAGAGAUAUCGAGAGAAAUUGGCAUGGUUAGGGGCACGAUGUCAGCUACUUAGUUGGAUCGCAGUAAGACCGCCCGUGCCCCCUAAUAAGGGGAUCGAGAGAGCUGCAGCUGGAAGCUAGCGGGUGACUCGAGCGGUCUAAGCUAGCUGAAAGCGUUAAGAUAAGCAAGCAGCCAUAUAGGAGAAAAGUUGAUAAGUUGUUGCGGUGAAAUCGGGAUCUGGCACGUAGGCAGGGCUUGCGAGGGGCGGAGGGGAUCCUGUAGCAUACCCAGUCUAAGUCGUGAUUCGGUGGUCUAGCUAAAGGCUGGUAUAUGCUGCAGGUUCGCUCCUCCCCUUCUGCUCUGCCACAGGGGGGGUUUGUGGUCCCCCCCCCUGACACGUGGGAUCCAAGUUCAGGUUAUGCAAAUGCUGACGCAUUUUUGAGUGUUAUGUUGAUUAAGGGUAUGUUAUUACCCAGGGUAUGUUAUUACCCAGGGUAUGUUAUUACCCAGGGUAUGUUAUUACCCAGUGAGAAAUUUUUUGAAUUUAAAUUAAAUUAUUAAAUGUGACCUUUCCAUAUUUAGCCAAA